AGCUGUUUGAUUAUCAUGUGGGUGGCUACCGUCAGCGGGAUACCAUCUUCGUGUUUGUUAGGUUAUAUUCUUUGUGUCAUAUAAACGUGAAACCAGGUCUGUGAAACGUCGCGGUGUUUGUCUCAACAGAACAAAAUGGAUCUUCCCCAGAUCUAGCAACAGAUGCAGAUCUUCGUUAGGACCUUAACAGGGAAAACUAUUACUCUUGAAGUUGAAGCUUCUGACACAAUAGAGAAUGUUAAAGCUAAGAUCCAAGAUAAAGAAGGUAUUCCUCCAGACCAGCAGCGUCUGAUCUUUGCUGGCAAACAACUAGAAGAUGGAAGAACUCUUUCAGAUUAUAACAUCCAGAAAGAGUCCACACUCCAUUUAGUGUUGAGACUUCGCGGAGGAAUGCAGAUCUUUGUAAAAACACUUAUUGAAACCAUUACCUUGGAAGUUGAAGCAUCUGACACAAUAGAGAAUGUUAAGGCUAAAAUUCAGGACAAGGAGGGUAUUCCUUCAGACCAGCAGCAUUUGAUCUUUGCUGGCAAACAACUAAAAGAUGGAAAAACUCUUCCAGAUUAUAACAUCCAAAAGGAGUCUACACUACAUUUGGUUUUAAGACUUCGAUGGGGCAUGCAGAUCUUCGUUAAAACGUUAACAGGAAAAACUAUUACUCUUGAAGUUGAAGCUUCUGAUACAAUAGAGAAUGUGAAAGCUAAGAUCCAAGACAAAGAGGGUAUUCCUCCAGACCAGCAGCGUUUGAUAUUUGCUGGCAAACAAUUAGAAGAUGGAAGAACUCUUUCAGAUUAUAACAUCCAGAAAGAGUCCACACUCCAUUUAGUAUUGAGACUUCGCGGAGGAAUGCAGAUCUUUGUAAAAACACUUACUGGAAAAACCAUUACUUUGGAAGUUGAAGCAUCUGACACAAUUGAGAAUGUGAAAGCUAAGAUACAAGACAAAGAGGGUAUUCCUCCAGACCAGCAGCGUUUGAUAUUUGCUGGCAAACAAUUAGAAGAUGGAAGAACUCUUUCAGAUUAUAACAUCCAGAAAGAGUCCACACUCCAUUUAGUAUUGAGACUUCGCGGAGGAAUGCAGAUCUUUGUAAAAACACUUACUGGUAAAACCAUUACUUUGGAAGUAGAAGCUUCUGACACAAUAGAGAAUGUGAAAGCUAAGAUCCAAGACAAAGAAGGUAUUCCUCCAGACCAGCAGCGUUUGAUCUUUGCUGGCAAACAACUAGAAGAUGGAAGAACUCUUUCAGAUUAUAACAUCCAGAAAGAGUCCACACUCCAUUUAGUGUUGAGACUUCGCGGAGGAAUGCAGAUCUUUGUCAAAACACUUACUGGAAAAACUAUUACCUUGGAAGUUGAAGCAUCUGACACAAUAGAGAAUGUUAAGGCUAAAAUUCAGGACAAAGAGGGUAUUCCUCCAGACCAGCAGCGCUUGAUCUUUGCUGGCAAACAACUAGAAGAUGGAAGAACUCUUUCAGAUUAUAACAUCCAGAAAGAGUCCACACUCCAUUUAGUGUUGAGACUUCGUGGAGGAAGUUCCAAGCUAUUUUAAGAGUGCAAUCUAUCGGAAAUGUUUAGUAAAAUUGGUAGUAUUGAUAGAGUUAUUUUAUUUUACUUUUUUUAUGCUUAUUUCAUAUUUAGCACUGCUUCUAUAAGCUUAUCAAUGUGUAAUAUCAAAAAGGACAAAUUGUAACAAUGCAAUUGCAUAUGUACAUUUACACAUUCUUGUAAUGCAAUGUUGUUCAUUAAAUAUUUACUAAUAUA